AUGCCUGUCAUCAAACAAGCAAUCGUGAGCACCGUGGGCACUUCUGACGUCGACCAGCAACUGGUAGCGGGGAUUUCGUUUCACAGCGGUAUGCGAGCGACGGAGAUUGAGCUGCGCGAGCAUAUGUCGGAGCACGUGCCGAAUUACAUGAUUCCGUCCACGUUCUAUGACUUUGGCGACAAGGUUUCCACGGCGACUUCGGGCAAGGCGAGCAAACUCGACGUUAGUAGGCUGAGUAAGAUCACAGAUUCGGCCAUAGCGGCCGAACUGUCGACGAAGGAAGCUGAAGUUGUCGAGGUAUGGCGCCAAGUUCUGGAUCAACCGGAGAAGACGUUCGCCUCGAGCGAGAGCUUCUUCGAUUACGGUGGAAGCUUGAAGUUCGUCGAGCUCGCCGCGGCACUGUCGAAAAAGUGGGGUGUGAGCCUCACUGUACCUGAGGUCAUCGCAAAACCCACUUUGGCUGAGAUGGCGAUCCUUUCUGAGGAUUAUCAAAAUGCCAAAUUUGAACCUGACGUUGAAGUGGCGAAGUACGACUUUACAAACUUUGCCCGUACGCCAAGGAAGACUGCUUCGGGCAAGAAGACUGUUCUGCUUACCGGUGCUACUGGCUUCCUCGGAGCGUACUUACUCGAAGAGCUCGCGAAGACGGACGAUAUCGGCAAGAUAUAUGCCGUCGUUCGUGCUCAGGACAAGACGUCGGCGCAGAAUCGUGUGGUCGAUGUCUUCACGAAGCGCGGAAUCACUUUCCACGAUAAGAUCACGGCGAAGACCACUUUUUUGUGCGGUGAUAUGGCCAAACCGUCGUACGGAAUCCUUGACGACGUCUUGAACCCGAUCCUCGAAUCCAUCGACGUCGUCAUUAGCGGUGGCGCCGAGGUGAACAUGGUUAAGUCAUACUCAGCUCUCGAAAAAGUAAACGUUGGCGGUACGUACAACGGGCUCGCAAUCGCCUCGCGCGCGGGUGCCAAGCACAUCCUCAUCUCGACGCAGUACCCGCUUCCAGGGGAAGUUCCGACGGGAUACCGACGGAGCAAAGAGGUCGCCGAGCUCUUGUGCGCACGAGCGCAAAAGGAGGCUGCGGUCGAGUCGGCAGUGUUGCUCUUCGGUGAUAUCGGAAUCUCUCGCGCUCAGGGAUCGCUCGCCCCCGAUGACGAUUACAUCGUCAUCUUCCUCCGCGCGUGCCUUGAGACUGGAUUCUUCCCGCGCACGGACUGGGCUGUGAGUAUUUUGUCCAUCGAUGAUUGCGUAAAGAUGCUCUCUUCCAUCUCAACGGAUGGCAAGUACGAUCGCUACGCCUACGAUGGCGUCUCACGAGAGGUCAAGGGUCGACUCAUGGAGUUCUCUCAGCUAUACGAUUGGCUCAACGCCGAGUACGCGCUUCGAUUGUGCAGCUACGAGGGCUGGCUCAACGCCGUCAAGGCGGGUGCGGCGGAGGGUAAAGAGGUGCUUCAGCGCGUCUUGCUCACCAUUGACGCCAUGGAAGUUGAACUCAAGGCAGAGGGCGAACAUUUCAGAUCCGCGAACGAGAAGGACGACGCGCUCUUCUCCGUGGACGACGCCUGGGGAAAGAACCUCGUGAGCGCACUUCUUUUGGAGAAGUACAGUGGCGAGCUUCAGACGGACGACAAGGACACGACUAUAGGCUAUGCGGCGUUGGCGCAAAACGAGGAUCUCGUGCCCAUCAAGUAUCGACUACCAGACAUGACCCCGUCCUCGGUGGAGCUACGCGUGGAGUACUGCGGGUUGUGCGGAAGUGACGAUCACUUGAUCGUGGGCGAUUACGGCGAGUACGCGGUUUGGCCGCAGGUGUGCGGUCACGAAGUCGUCGGUGUCGUCACGCAGGUGGGAUCGGCGGUGACGACGCUCAAACCUGGCCAGCGCGUGGGCGUGGGGUGGCAGAGCUCGUCUUGCCAUGACUGCGAGUGGUGCGCUCGAGGUGACGAACAGUUGUGCUCCGCCGUCGGGUGUACGUGUUGCGAGGGCAACAAGGGCGGUUUCGCUGAUCGCAUGAGAUUGAACGACGCGCAGUUCUGCUACAAGAUUCCCGAUGAGCUCGCUUCCGCGGAAGUUGCGCCACUCUUGUGCGGAGGUCAAACCGUAUGGACGCCGCUCAACGAGCAAACUAAAUCGGGUGAUCGCGUUGGCGUGCUUGGUCUUGGCGGUCUGGGCCACAUGGCGAUCAAGUUCGCCAAGGCUCUCGGCAGAGAGGUCACGGCGAUUUCGUCAUCAGCGAGCAAGCGCGCCGACGCGAUGUCCCACGGUGCGUCGCACUUCUUGCUCCACUCCGAUGAUGAAGCCAUGGAAGCGGCCGCACAGUCGCUCGAUUUCAUAUUAGUGACUAUCGCUACCAACAAGGAGGUCGAUUUCUCCAAGUUUUUCCCCCUCCUGCGUCCGAGGGGGACAAUUUGUUUCGUCGGCAUGUGCCCACCCAUCUCCGCCGACGUCUUCACGCUCGGCUUCACCAUGAACAACAUAACCACCUCCAACACAGGCGGUAAGAAGGACAUGGUUCAGAUGCUUGAUUUCUGCGCCAGACACAAGAUCGGCGCCGCGGUCGCGAUCAGCCCACUCAGCGAGAUCAACACCGCCCUGAGCAAGCUCCGAAGCGGCGACUCCCACUUCCGCCACGUCCUGAGCAACGACGUGCAACACGCGUCGAAGCGCGCCACCGCGUGA